UUGCCCACCAUCGUUAUGGACCCAGCUUUGCCGCCAGAGCUGGAGCGCGUCGUCUUCGACCUCGCGGCGUGGAGAGACAAGGAGGUGAUGUGCACGCUAGUGCUUGUUGCACGGCGCGUCCAUGUCUGGAUCGGACCGCUGCGCUAUCGGGUGCGCCUCGGGCUGUGGCAACUCAUCGGCCAUUGUCCCGCCAGCCGGAUUCACACCCGCCACCUCGCCGUUUGCGGACCUUGGCUGCACACUGGCGGUGACCACCGUGACGCAGCAGCGAGUAGCAUCCCGCGCAUCCUCCGCGCAUUUCCACACCUUGUCAGCCUGCGCUUGUGGACCAUCACCGCCGCAAGCAUCGCCGACCUUCGCCUCUUCCUCGCCCUCCCGGCACUCCGCCGGCUCGCCAUCAACCUCGAGGCCGUCUUCUCGGAGCGCGCCGCCGGGCCGGACCCGCCGCCCGCGCCGCUUGCACACGUGACGCACCUCGAGCUCUUUCAGGUACGCGGCACGCCUCUCGCACUCCCCCGGCUGGCGGCCGCGUUCCCCGCCCUCACACACAUCGCGCUCUUCUACGGUGAUGUGCCCAAUCUGAAUCGGAUGCGGCAUGCACUGCUGUGCUGGCCCGCGUUGGUGGUGCUGGUGCACGUGCUCGACGGUGCAUUCGCACAGGAACCCAACGAGGCGGAGCAGGCGCUACAUGCGAAACGCGCGGCGGAGCUAACCGCCAUUGAUCCCCGCUUGGUAAUCUUGCGUCUGGAACACAGUGGGGAGCGCGACUGGGAGCACGGGGCGUGGGGCGGGCGGGACUAUUGGUGUCGCGCCGAAGAGAUUGUUGCCGCCAGAGGCUUGCUAACCUCCAACUAG